AUGCUCGAUUUCAGGGUGCCUUCGAUACUAUUGGCGCUAAUUGUCACUAAUUGUCAAGCCGCUUUCGGACCCCAAAAUGCCAAUUAUAAUGAGACUGAGGCGAGAAUGUUGCUGAAUCUCGCGGCCGCUGCGUAUUCCACCAAUCCCGACGGCUGUUUGCAACGAACGUUUCCGGUUCAGGAAGGCCAACGUGUGCUCAAGACAUUCUCGGAAAAUUGCGAUUUCCUUGGGAACCCAUGCUCAGGCUACAUCGUGGUUUCCGAUGUCCUCCGUCAGAUCACCUUCGUUUUUCGAGGCACCAAAACCAAUUCACAAUUGCUUCUUGAAGGCUGGACGACAUUACAGCCGAAAACCGAGUUUUACGGCAUCGGCAAUGUCAAUAAUUAUUUCAAAAGGGGCCAUGAGCUCACGUGGAAGUACAUCGAGGAGGUCUACAAUGACACCAGAUACCAGAACUACGACGUCUACAUCACAGGUCAUUCCCUUGGCGGGGCACUCGCGGCGCUGGCGGCCGCUCGAACUGUCCGCGGCGAGUACAGGCAAGGCAAUCAGAUCAAGCUGGUCACAUUUGGUGAGCCGAGAGUCGGCAAUUUGCAAUUCUCCAGAUUUUUCGAUAUGUUCAUCCCAUUCAGCUUCCGAAUCGUUCACGCCAUCGACAUUGUGCCGCAUUUGCCGGCGUGCGUCAAAGACCUCUCGUACGUGCCGCGAGCCGAAGACAACGGCUCGAUGCCGUGCGAUCCGGUGAGCACCAGCGGCGGCUAUCAUCACGGCCUCGAAAUCUGGUAUCCCGAUGGUAUGGAGCGCGGCGCGCAAUAUCGCGUCUGUACGGGCGCGCCGAAGAACGAGGACUUCACGUGCUCGAACGCGCCGAAAAUCGAUUUGGACGACACCUCGCGCGGCGUUUGGGACCAUCGCAACUAUUUUGGUGUCGCGGUGCCGGCGUUCGGCAAAGGCUCGUGCGAUCCGACGAUGUCGUUCGAUCCGCCGCCAACCGAAACCGGGCCCCUAUCGUUGAUAUCAGCGAUUUUCGGCAGGAAGAAAUAA